CACCGCACUUGCUUUGAAUCGAAAGACUGAAUCUGUGCACUUACGCGCAGAAAUCCAUGGUCACGAAGUAAGUGAUCUGUAUCCGUUCCUCCCACGCUGACGGCAGGGAAUCUCCAUGGAACCCAUACAAGAAGCCGGGCAGCCUAUCUCUCCUAGAGCGUGAUGGCCAAAAUACCGCCCCAGGCCGUAAUAAUAGAGGAGCUGGGAUCCGAUGGUCGCCCAAGAGCCGUCCUUAGGUGUUCUCCUGAGACUGGAAGACUACAAACGUCUCUUCCGCCCUCGUACAGCUCUCCGAGGACAGGAACUUCAAUACUGAACAAGUGCAUGAGCCCCUUUCUUCCGGCAGGAUAUCCCUCCACUGUCACACCAGACUACACACCAUAUCAAAUAUACGAUUCGCUGCAGGCAUUCGCGUCCACGAUUGCAGGUCUCCUUGCAUCGAGAGCAGUCUUUGUCGGGAUGGGCGUCGGGUCCGAAGAGGCAUCAGUCCUGACCACCAUGUUGUUAUACAUCGCUCAAGAGACCGUCGGUCGGGUUGCCACGAUUUUGUUCGCUCAUCAGUUCUCCCAGCGCAUCGAAGCCGAGGUCAAGUUCUACCGAUUCUUUGCUGAUAUAGUCAACGACGUUGCCUUUGUUCUCGAUUGCAUGAGCCCUGCGAUGCCAAUAUUGGGCAGGGUGGUCACUUUAUGUUUGAGCAACGCGUGUCGAGCAGUAUGCGGGGUUGCCGGUGGGAGCAGCAAGGCCAUCUUGAGCUCUCACUUUGCAAAGGCUGGCAAUAUAGGAGAACUGAAUGCCAAAGAUGGCAGUCAGGAGACCGUGAUCAGUCUGCUGGGCAUGUGGGUGGGCGGUGUGGUUGUCAGCAAAGUCCAUGGCACUCUUGCGACGUGGUCAUGGCUGGUCCCGCUCCUGGCUCUCCAUCUCUGGGCCAACUGGAAAGCUGUGAGAAGCGUGCGACUCAACUCCUUCAACACCAACAGGGCUCUGGUCUUCUUUCGUGCAGCACUUGAAGGUCGAACCUUGGACAUGGAGCAAGUCGCACAGGAAGAGACCGUCUUAGGCUGGCCAGCAGCCUCGCGCGGCAUCUAUGGUCUUGAGCCCUGCUAUUUCCAGGUUGGUUCUAGUGUACAGGACCUGGUGCAUAGGGUGUAUGCCGGAGCGGAUCAACCGUCGCAACCCGCUAGCACUGUGGGCCACUUGGUCCAACUAUUCUGCGACGAGGAUUACUUGCUCUGGUUUGACAUCGAAACUGGCGAAGCAUUGGUCCUGUUGAAGGACACAGCAACCGGAAUCACACAAGCCAAAGGCUUAUGUCAUAUGCUUCGCUGUUAUGUGAAAGCGCGGACUCUCACCCAGGCUACAGGCAGAGACGUCUCAGAAAGAGUAGACGAGUGCCAAGGGACAGAUAAUGCUCCUGAGACAGCAUCGGCGUAUUUGACUACCCGCCAUCGCCGCUGCUUUCGAUUACUCGCCGAUGCUCUUCACGAAAAUCGUGAGCAGUGGAGCGUGAUCCGGGAGCAAGCCGAACGAGCCGGCUGGGAUCUUGGUCUUACCAACUUGACCAAGACACGAGACAGGCGUGUUCGAGCAACCGGCUUUGUAGAGGACAAGAAGGUCCGAUAACACAAGCCAUGGCCUGUCCCGGCCAAAUACCUCGCAGUUCGACCCGUCGGGUCCAUUAUUGUACGUGGUCCUCAUUCCUGAUACAUGAAAUGUCGCAAAGACGAUGGAGUAACUACACCAUUGUUGUCGCACACGUGUCUAUGGACACCACUUUUGGUCAGCGCCAUGAAAAUGUACAAUGUUGUAGGCCCGUAGGCUGGGCCCCUGGCGAAGGAGAAUAUUUUCACAAGCGGACCUGGAUGAACAUGGCCCGAAGCCUUCCCGGGGUCCCGUGCACAUCACGCUUUGCAAAAAUUCCGCCGAUAGUACAGCAAUCGCCAUCGAAUGGCAAGAUUGGCGUGUGGAGUGCCAAUUUAGGCAACAUUCCAGAAGGCCGAGGAAUGUGUCUCGGAUCCGUGCCUGGUCAACAGUGGGUUUUGGUGUCAUGGUUUCCACUGUGGCGAGGGUAUGCUGGGCACGAUGCCUGAGUGAUGUGCUUGACUGGCCGGCAUUCAGCCAGCAUAAUUCAGGAAGAAUAGUGAUAAUAAUGAUACUAGCACAGUAAUAAUACCUGCCGUUACAUCAAACACAGAUUAGUAGAAUUCGAAAAGGCGCAGCUGUGUGCGAACACAUGGACAAUGUAAGCAAGAGGCGCUGGUCCACGGAGCUGACCGCCAGGGCAACAGGCUGCCACUUUUCAUCUUGGAGCUGUUGUCUGGCCAGCUGAAAUGCAUCGUUUCGAAUUGACUACGUCGCUUUUACCACAAGAUGCCAGGAUCAUUCGCUUGCAGGGCAAACAUUGCAUGGGCUCGUGACGCCGAGAAUACGGGUUAAACAUGGUGUGCAGUCAGACAACCGCUGAGGCAGCCUGUAAAAGUAAUGCCAACUGCCAGGACGGCCACGUUGCAGUUGACACGAUGAUACGAUGAAUUCUCCCUGGCCGUCAAGGAUCACUGGCAAAAUAUUAUGAGACAACGUGGCAAGCAGUGCCUCCUUUUUUGCUUUCCAGGGUGUAUGAGUAUUCCCUGGAACAAAGGCGGUCACAGUAGGAAUCCAGCUAGACGCAGCCCAAGCGGAACUAGGAUCGUGACGGUGGACCACAACACAAAGCCCAAAUGAACGCGUUGGGCGGGAGCCGGAUACGCAUUCCUGCUCUUGUCCAGUAGGAUGCUUUGGCCCAGGCAGGAUGCAGAGUUUCAGAAUUCCACCAGCGGCAGAGGAUGGGUGCAGACGCUUUUGUGGGCAUUGGUGGCGAGCAUCUCGCAUUCCCAUUGAGCGAGGGUUGAGGAAGGGCGUGCUAGCUAGGCCUCAUGUCAGCGCCGUGGUUUUCCAGCGGAUACAUCACUGGGACGAAGCGGAGGAUGGUCAGCUUCAGCAUAGGUGUGCUCGUCAUUGUCGACGAGAUGGGUCAUAGAUGGCUGUUCAAAAUUGGUAGCUUUGCGGAC